AGUUUCGUGACUCGUAAGAUUUCCUGAAAGUCAUUUCUUUGAACCAAAUGGACUAUUUAUUGGUUCACCCUUACAAAAUCUGCUCUUGUUGCUUCUCUGAGGUUUCAAGUUCUAAUCCCCCAUUCUCGGAUGAUUGUAUUUUGAACAGUCGGAAAGAAAGAAAGCUCCACGAGAGUACAAAGCUUCUCCUACUGCUACAAGCUGCAACUUCCACUGCAAAGCUAGAGACAAACCUGAAAACAAAUAAGAGUUACAAAAGGAGAAAACAGAUCAGAGAUGCAUCAAAGAGAAAAAAGCCUAAAAAUACCCAAGGAGAAAAGAGAAUCAGUCUAGGAGCUCCCUUCAGUCCAAUGGGCGAGCAAAGUAGCAGGAAGAGUUGCUCCCACAUCAUGCAUCUGGAUAAACUUAACGUCUAUCUCCCUUGCAACAUGACUCCGGUGCUUCUCCAGAAACGAUUAAGCAUAACCGAACGCAUGAGGUGGCAGCUCUACCCGCUCAUCGGCCCUCUGUAUUGGGCUGAAAGGAGCUCCUCAGCUCCUUCGCGUUUUAACUCCGACGUAAGAGCAUGGGAGGGAAUGAGAAGGACCGCACUGCUGUUUUGGGAUGAUCCUCCCUCUUCCCCUCUUGCUUCCUUAUAUAGAACAUUUCGCAUACCAAGUCAAGAGCCUUUAAAGAAAGAACAUGCGAAGUGGGAAUCUUCUCAUAUCUUUGGUGUAAAUAGUAUUCAUUCUCAAUGUUUUGUCUCGUAUCUCAUUCACACAACAUGUUAAAUUGGGACAUGAUAGUGGUUAUACGAAUAAAUGUCGAUGCUAUAU